AUGUGUAACCCCUGCACCUGCGAAUUUCCACGGGGCGGGCAGGGAACUCCCAGGGACGCCUGCACGGCCCCACCCGGGCUCCCUGCCCGCAGCUCAGCACUCAGGGCCCGCGCCUUUCGGCUAAGAAACUCGGGGGCAGGCCCCGCCGCGCCCCAGUCCCGUCUCCCGCUGACUGAGGGCCAGGCCAAGGGGCCCCUCAGGGUGCUGCAGGUCAAACUUGAGAAGCUGAAGGUGGAGAAGGAAGAUCCCCCGGGCUGCGCCUGGAACCGCGACGAGCCCGCAAAGAGCGAGCCGGGGCGCUCGGCAGCCCCAGGGGCGGGCAAAGAGUUGGCCCCCGGUGCCGGCAGGAGAGAAAGGGACCGUGACAGUGUCAGCAAAGAAAGCCAGAAGGAGGUGAAGGUGGAGGAUGGGAAGGAGCCCAGAGCUGAUGUCAAAGCGGAGCCGCCCGACGGGCCCUUCGAGGCCUGCAGGGUGAAGGUGGAGAAGGACGAUGCCCCUUCUGGCUUCCAGCCUGGGCCUGCUUGUACCAGCACCUCGCAGCAGGCCGAGGGGGCUGGUGCCCUCCCUGAAGAUGUGAAGAUCCCCGUUAUGUUUCCCUCCUUGCCUUCUGGGACCUGCUUACGGAUCCAGGGCUCUCUGCCACCUGAGCUGAUCCACGUCCCCAAAGGGCCGGUGAAACAAGUGCCCCUCAAAAUGCAGUCUUUGCUGGAGCCUUCAGUAAAGAUUGAAACUAAAAACGUGCCCUUCACAGUCCUGCCUGCAGAGUCAGGUAUGCCAGACACUCCAUUUAGCAGGGACAAAAGUGGCCAUGUCAAACGUCCCAUGAAUGCCUUCAUGGUGUGGGCCAGGAUCCAUCGGCCUGCCCUGGCAAAAGCCAACCCUGCUGCCAAUAACGCAGAGAUCAGUGUUCAGCUUGGAGUGGAGUGGAGCAAACUGACUGAAGAGCAAAAACAGCCCUACUAUGAUGAAGCUCGUAAGAUAAAGCAAAGGCACAGAGAGGAAUUUCCUGGUUGGGUUUAUCAACCCCGAAUAGGCAAAAGGAAGCGUUUCCCACUGCCUGGAUCUGCUGCACUUCCCAGCACGUCUCAGAACGUCGUCACUAAAAGUCCAUCUGGUGUUUGCUCCUUCCAGCCACCUAUUUACUCUGUUGUUAUCCCCAAUGUUCAGAGCAGUAUUGGACACCCAGUCUGUGAGUCUCCUGCUGUCCGGCUGCCGGCUGCUCCCAUGCAACACGCUGGGCCCAUUGCCCUGUUCCAGACCACUAGUGCCAGCACCGCAUCAGUGGCUGUUCCCACUCCAACCCUGCCCCUGCACUCUGUCAUUUCAACACAGCACUUCGCUGCACCUGCUCAGACACCAGCUCUUAAUCUAUCAUCUGUGCUCAAUUGCUCUCUGAAGAGACCUGCACCCGUUGUCAUUGAGAGCUUCAACAGAAGCCCAAGUAACAUCACCACCACUAAUGGCAGAUUUUCUGUCCCUAAUACUGAACCCCCAAGGGAGUACCCAGGGGCUUCUCUUUUCCCUAGAGGUGUACCUCUUCCCAGAGCUACCCCUUUUCUUCACUCACGUAUCUACCAGUCUCCUCCCAUAGGUCAGCCAGCUGGUCUGUUUGGAGUACCUCCUCAGUUUUCAUUUCACCAUCCUUACUUUGUACCUGGACCUCACUAUUUCCCCUCAAGCACAUGCCCGUUCAGCCGGCCUCCCUUUGGCUGUGGGAACUACUCCAGCCCCAUGCCUGAAUGCCUGGGCUUUUGUGAAGGCAGGUACCAAAGACAGGAGGCAAUGUUUUCACCUCUGGAUGGAAACUAUCCUUUCAAGGGAUACUCAGAAGAAAACAUACGUGAGAAGCACCACAGCUGUGAGAGCCUUGAAGCCAUGUCCAUCUCCAGCAAGGAGUGGUAUUCCAGCCCUCUGCCACAGCUGGACAUUGAAACAUUGGAGGAGGUUUUGUCAACUGCCCCACCUAGUCCCUCCAGCAGCCAAAUAAUCAAUGUAACUGACAGUGACGAGGAAGAAGAUGUAAAGUUGUUGCAAGAAUUGUAA